CGCAGUCAGCUGCGAUGUGAGGUGUACAUACUUGCUCUUGCAUAGACGGGGUGGGAUACAGAAAAGCGAGAGAGGGAGUAAAAAAAAAAAAAAAGAGCGAGAGAGAGAAAGAGAGAGAGGGCGAGAGAGAGAGAGAAACGGUCUGCUACACAGUACCAUCAUGGCACCCAUCGGAUUGAAGGCGGUGGUCGGAGAAAAGAUUAUGAAUGAUGUCAUCAAGAAGGUGAAAAAGAAGGGGGAAUGGAAGGCUCUAGUGGUGGACCAGCUCAGCAUGAGGAUGCUCUCAUCCUGCUGCAAGAUGACAGACAUCAUGACAGAGGGCAUCACCAUUGUUGAAGACAUAAACAAGCGCCGAGAACCCCUGCCCUCACUGGAGGCUAUUUACCUAAUCACCCCCACUGAGAAGUCAGUGCACACCCUUAUCGCAGACUUCAAAGAUCCCCAGUCAUCCAAAUACAAAGCAGCCCACGUCUUCUUCACUGACUCCUGCCCUGACCCCCUUUUCAAUGAGCUGGUGAAAAGCCGUGCCUCCAAAACAGUCAAGACGUUGACUGAGAUCAACAUCGCCUUCCUGCCCUACGAGUCGCAGGUGUUCUCCCUGGACAACCCAGAUGCCUUUCAGAGCUUCUAUAGCCCCCACAAGACCCAGCUGAAGAACCCAGUGAUGGAGCGGCUGGCUGAGCAGCUCGCCACCCUGUGUGCCACUCUGAAAGAAUACCCUGCCGUGCGAUACCGCGGGGAGUAUAAAGACAACGCCACCCUGGCCCAGCUGGUCCAGGACAAACUGGAUGCCUACAAGGCUGAUGACCCCACCAUGGGAGAGGGUCCAGAUAAGGCCCGGUCUCAGCUGAUCAUCCUGGAUCGGGCUUUUGACCCAGUGUCCCCGGUUCUGCACGAGCUCACUUUCCAGGCCAUGGGUUACGACUUGCUGCCCAUCGAGAAUGAUGUCUACAAGUACGAGACCAGCGGUAUGGGAGAUUCCCGCGAGAAGGAGGUGCUGCUGCACGAGGAUGAUGACCUCUGGGUGGCGCUGCGACACAAACACAUCGCUGAGGUGUCCCAGGAGGUGACUCGCUCCCUGAAGGAUUUCUCUGCCAGCAAAAGGAUGAACACAGGAGAGAAGACUACAAUGAGGGACCUGUCCCAGAUGUUGAAGAAGAUGCCGCAGUACCAGAAGGAGCUUAGCAAGUACUCCACUCACCUGCAGCUGGCUGAAGACUGCAUGAAGCACUACCAGGGCACUGUGGACAAGCUGUGCCGCGUGGAACAGGACCUUGCAAUGGGCACAGACGCCGAGGGCGAGAAGAUCAAGGACCCCAUGAGGGCCAUCGUUCCCAUCCUCCUGGAUGCCAACGUCAGCACCUACGACAAGAUACGCAUCAUCCUACUCUACAUCUUCCUCAAGAAUGGGAUCACGGAGGAGAACCUGAACAAGCUGAUCCAGCACGCACAGAUCCCCCCAGAGGACAGCGAAAUCAUCACAAACAUGGCCCACCUGGGUGUGCCCAUCAUCUCUGAUUCCACCCUGCGCCGUGGCAAGAAGGUGGACCGCAAAGAGCGCGUCAGCGAGCAGACCUAUCAGCUGUCCCGCUGGACUCCCCUGGUCAAGGACAUCAUGGAGGAUGCCAUUGAUGACAAGCUGGACACCAAGCACUACCCCUACAUCUCCACCCGCUCGUCUGCCUCCUUCAGCACUACUGCUGUCAGUGCCCGAUACGGUCAGUGGCACAAGAACAAGACCCCUGGGGAGUACCGCACCGGGCCCCGUGUCAUGGUCUUCAUCAUCGGAGGCGCGUCCUUCAGUGAGAUGCGCUGUGCCUACGAGGUCACACAGGCCAACGGCAAAUGGGAGGCCAUCAUCGGAUCGAGUCAUAUCUUCACUCCGACCAGCCUUCUAGACGCCCUCAAGGCCAUGAAUAAACCAGAUGAGGAUCAGACAAGCUAAAAAACGCCCGUCAUCUCCUCUCUCUCCCUCCUGACCCCUCCCCCUGAAGCCCCUCCCCCCCAUACCCCAGCCCAUUCAAUCCCUUCUCUCCUAUAUUAAAUGUGUAUGCAUCUUGCUUGAAAGAAAAAAAAACUGACAGCACUGAUAUACAAAAAGAAAAUGUUGGAACCACAACUACAAAAAAUAUAUUGCAAGUAUUCUCAUGUUUUUCAAUGGAUGCAAAUGAUAACAAUAAAAAAACAUUUAAAUAUCCUACAAUAAGGCCAAUUAAAACUGAAAGUACCAAAUGUAACACUGUAUGCUAUGAAACCUGAUAGAAUGUGUAAAAGAUAAAGAUUUUGUUUGUUUGUUCCUUCAGUUUCCUUGGUGGUGUAUAUUUUUUAUUGAUGCUGGGCGGAGGGGGGAUGGUAUGAUGUAAUCGGGGUCAUAGGAAGGUCACUGGAAUACUGUAGAACACUGCUGCACACCGUCGCAUGGUAUAUCAUCAGGUAUUGGGAUCUCUGGUUGUUCCAGACAUACAGGUUCUCACAGUUUUACCACCAUGAAACAUAACGGUUGGGAAGACGCACCUUGCCUCCCGUUAUGAAAUGUCCAGAGGAAGCGUUAGUAGCACCUGAAAUGCAACUCGCCUGUAAAGAACACAUGCUUCCAAAUGGGAUGCAUAUGAAAAAACCCAACAAAAUGAGUAGUUCAUCUUAAAAAGGGACCAAGACAACGAGAAAGGUUGAUGUUUAGUUUAGAUGAUGAAAGUUUUGCUGUAAAUAGCUACUGGAUCAACUAAGUAUGGCAAAUAUUAUCCCCCCUCCUGUCUCGUGACUGGAAGUAUUUAUUCUGCACAUUUUUUGAAGACUUCACGUUUUAGUGUCAAACGGCCAUUGCUUGCGAACAUUUAAAGAAUAUUCAAAAAGGGCCAAUUGUAUUUCAGUAUUGUAUUCUUGUCCGAUUAAGUCUUAUCAUUGGUUAGUAAUGAUGUUUGACCAUGCACUGAGUAGCUUGUCGUGUAUAUGCCAUAUGUUGAUGUUUUAGCGUCUCACUGUUACUGGUGAUAUUUCUGACUGUGAAGUAGAAAACAUUUUCUUUGACAAUGCCAAUGUGAAUCCACUGUUUUCGAUGUUGUAGUUGUAGCUGUAGUGGUCAAUGGGUAAAAAAAAUCCUGGUAUCUAUUUUGUUAGUCUCUUUGUUUCUGUUCUGGUGCAGUGUUAACUCUUCCACUGGUAAAAGGCUUUGCAGAACAACAUCUUUCCCUCCUUAUAUUUUCUUUUGAUCAUGUUCUUUCCUUUUUUCUCCCUUUUUCCUGGAGAAACGGGCUGUAUAUUGCACUAUGCGUUUCUGUGAUGCAAACGCUUCUUCAGUUUUUUUUUUAAGUUUCUAUUUUAAUUUGUUGCUGUUGUAUAGCAUUCAAUGUGUCUGAUUGAUUUACAAAGUUAUUUAUCAGAGAGAGAAAUAUUAAAUUAAAGGUAGUCUGUCUUAAACUUGUUUUAACUUAUUGGAAUUCUGUUUGCGAGUCGUGAAGCACAAACAAAAGUACUCUA